AUGACAAAAAAAAAGAAAUCCAAAUUAGCCCAGUGUUCUUCAAAAGUAGAAACAGAUUCAUCAGUCAUAGCUGGCAGUAUCUAUGAACAAAAAUGCAAACAUAUUCAAAUACUUCAUUAUAUUCACUUUAUUAAUAUCUCUGAUAAGCAUGAUAUUCACUUUACUGGCAACUUUUGUUAUCAAUUUACUAAUGACUCUUUACAUAUGAAUAAUGCUACUUCAACAUCAUUAAUUAUGCUUUUCUGUUUAAUCAAAGGUGAGAAGCCUGAUAAAGCCUUUAAAGUUAUUAUUAAUAAGGAUAAAGAUGUCAGCGAUCUCAAAAAGGUUAUCAAGGAUGAAAUUCCUGAUGAUUUUGCUGGUAUUGAUGCUAAGAACCUUACAUUAUGGAAAGUAAAUGUCUCUGCUAAUGAUAAAUCAAAGUUUGAGAGACUAGAAACUUUUAUACCAUAUAAUUCUGCUGUUGAAGAAGUGUUACUUGGUGAGAAAAUAGAAAAUGCAACAGAAGAAGUUGGAAAGAUCUUUAAUUAUUCACUUGAAAAGGAAUGUAUUCAUAUUAUCAUUGAACCACCUGCUGCUACUGAAGGCACCAAAGUUGAAGAAGAUGUAAAUUUCAUUAAUAAGGAAGAUGUAUCUAAAGGCAUUGCUAAUGAUAGACCCACCCAAAAUUGUGAAAAACAAGGUUUUGUUACAAGAUAUUAUAGUAUUCCAUCACAAACAUCACAAACAGUAAAGAUUGAUUAUAGUAGUAAUAUAACAAGUAAAAAGAGGUAUCAAAAAAAUGAAGGGAACAAAAAAAUCGCAAAAAGAAAAAUAGUAUAA